AUGGUUGGCUUGACGUCCGCUGCUGGGCUUGUCGGCUUCCUCAGCGAACCCGAUGCUGCGCUGCAGGUCUUCGCCCUCGAGCGUUUGAACGAUGACAUUGACAGUGUAUGGACAGAGGUCUCUGGAUCCAUCGGUCAAAUAGAAGCGCUAUACGAAGACGACACCUUCAGCCAUCGCGAGCUGGCUGCCUUGCUACUAUCCAAGGUCUACUAUCAGCUGCAGGAAUAUGAUGAGUCGAUGGUGUUCGCGCUUGGCGCAGGCAAGCUGUUCAACCUUGACCACGCCGGCGAGUACGAGGAGACAAUUGUUGCCAAAUGCAUCGACACCUACAUCGCGCUCUGCGCACUUCAUAAUCCACCGACUCCAACAUCAGCCUCUGGACGCCGUGGUUCGGCCGAUUACGAUGGUGCUGCGCUCGCCGCUACAGCCUCUCCCACAACACCUUUCUCGCAAUCCGCCCUCCCAUCGAAGUCUCUACUCUCUCGUCCCGAAGAGCUCGAUGGCUCGUCUGCGUCUGGUGGAGGCAAUGCCGGCGUUGCCGGCUCACAUCCCAACCCGCUGACUUUGCCAAACUUGGUCAAGAAGAACUUGCAGGGCAUUGUCACGAGGAUCUUUGAGAGCUGCUACGAGGUCGGCGCAUACAAGCAGGUUGUGGGCAUCGCGGUCGAGGCCCGCAACAUGACAGUCCUGAAGGAAGCUAUCCUGCGAUCGGGCUCCGAUGCGAAGAGCAAGAGCAAGAAGGCGGCAAGCACAGGCAGUCAAGCUGAGGAUGUUAUGGAAUAUGUGCUUGAUAUCUGUAUGAACGUGGUGCAGGAGCGCGCACUCCGAAACGAGAUACUGAAGCUGAUCUUGGAAUUGCUCAAUGAAAUCCCCAACCCGGAUUACUUUGCGAUCGCACGAUGUGUUGUCUAUCUAGACCAGCAGACAAUGGCUUCCAACAUGCUGCGACAGCUGAUACGGAAAGGUGACGGCAAAUCUCUGGCCAUCGCAUACCAGCUCUCGUUCGACCUGUACGAGAACGGAACGCAGGAGUUCCUUCAAAAAGUCAUGGAUGAGCUGCCAGAGGACGACGCAGAGGAAUCCAAGGCGAAUGGAAGCGCUGUUCGACCAGCGACGCCGCACCCAAACCAGACGGAGGAACCAAACGAGUCAGACCAGUUGCUCUCCGAGCUCAACGAUUCCGCCGGUGCUCCACAGACUUCCACGCUUGUUGCGUCAAGAACGAAGCCCAAGCCUGAGACGGAGGAUCAGUCAAAGGCAUUUGCUUCAGUGCGAAACAUCUUGCGAGGCACUACCAGCAUUGAACUGAAUUUGGAGUUCCUCUUCCGGGCAGCACACACCGAUAAAGCGAUCCUCAACAAGAUCCGAGACUCCUUGGAGGCACGCAACAGCAUCUUCCACACCUCCGUCACCUUUGCCAACGCAUUCAUGAAUGCUGGAACCACAAUCGACACCUUCUUCCGCGACAACCUGGACUGGCUGGGCAAGGCCGUCAACUGGAGCAAGUUCACGGCGACUGCGGCUUUGGGUGUGAUCCAUCGGGGAAACCUCAACAACGGCCAGCAACUAUUGGCGCCCUACCUCCCGAAAGACAAUGCGGUCGCAAGUGCCGGCAGCGCCUACAGCCAAGGUGGCUCGCUUUACGCUCUUGGCCUCAUCUACACCAACCAUGGCACACACGUUUUGGACUACCUUCGCAGGCAGUUCAAAAAUACACAGGAGGAGGUUGUGCAGCAUGGCGGCGCUCUCGGCUUGGGUGUCGCAGGAAUGGCUACUGGGUCCGAGGAGAUUUACGAUGAGCUCAAGAAUGUUCUUUACGCCGACUCUGCUAUUAACGGAGAGGCCGUUGGCUUGGCUAUGGGCCUCGUCAUGCUGGGCUCAGGCAAUACCAAGGCACUGGAAGACAUGAUUCAGUACGCGCACGACACUCAGCACGAGAAGAUUGUGCGAGGUCUGGCUUUGGGCAUGUCACUCAUCAUGUACAAUCGCCAGGAGGCUGCCGAUGAGCUCAUCUCUGGUCUUCUGGAGGAUGCGGAUCCGGCACUUCGAUACGGAGGAGUCAUGACUGUCGCGCUCGCCUACUGCGGUAGCGGCAGCAACAAGGCCGUGCGGAAGUUACUUCACCUUGCCGUCUCCGACGUGAGCGACGAUGUUCGGAGAUGUGCAGUCAUGAGCUUGGGCUUUGUGCUCUUCAGGAAGCCUGGCAGCGUGCCACGUAUGGUGGAGCUGCUCGCCGAGAGUUACAAUCCUCAUGUGCGUUAUGGAGCAACGAUGGCACUCGGCAUUGCAUGCGCUGGUACUGGUCUCGACGAGGCAAUCGACCUUUUGGAACCCAUGAUGAAGGACUCUGUCGACUUUGUGAGACAAGGCGCUUUCAUUUCGCUUGCCAUGAUCAUGGUGCAGCAGAACGAUGCAAUGAACCCCAAGGUCAGCGCGCUUCGCAAGCAACUUCAGAAGGCUGUCGGUGAUCGUCACGAGGAUGCCAUGGCCAAAUUCGGCUGCGCUCUCGCGUUGGGAAUUAUCGACGCUGGUGGACGAAACUGUACCAUCGGCCUGCAAACACAGACUGGCAACCUCAACAUGGCCGCCAUUGUUGGCAUGGCUGUCUUCAUGCAAUACUGGUACUGGUUCCCACUCACCCACUUCCUCGCCCUCUCCUUUACACCAACAUCCAUUAUCGGUGUCGAUUCGAACCUGGAGAUUCCCCGCUUCACAUUUCACAGCAACACGCGACCAAGCAUGUUUGACUAUCCACCAGUGGUUGAGGUGAAGACAGAGGAGGCUCCCGAGAAAGUCAAGACUGCGGUACUAUCCACCACUGCGCAAGCGAAGCGAAGAAAGCUAGCAAAGGACAGGCAAAACCGGACAGAGAGCAUGGACGUUGACGCUACCCCGUCUACUCCCAAGCCCGAUGCCGAUGGCGAGAAGAUGGACACCGAUGAUGUCGUCAUCGAAACCAAGGCUGGCGACGACAAGGAAGACGACAAGGAGAGCAGCAAGAAGAAGGUCGAAAAGGAGAAGGUGGGCUACGAAUUGGAGAACAUGAGCCGUGUUCUUCCCGCACAGACAAAGUACAUCAGCUUUGCCGCGGAUGGGCGGUAUCAGCCAGUCAAGAAGCCCACUGGUGGUGUCAUCCUUUUGGAGGACACACGACCUAACGAAGCCAAGGACCUACUAGAACUCAAGGCACGCAAGAAGACUGCUGCUGCCGCACCAGCACCAGGCGCUGGUCCCGCACAAUCCGCGAGAGAUGUCACCAUGGAAGACUUCCUCGAGGGCAACACCGGAGGUGCAUCUGCGGCUGCUGGAGUGCUGAACGCUGUGGAUGAGGACGAGGAUGGAGAGGAGGCUCCUGUCCCGGACGAGUUCGAGGUGGAUGAAGAUGAUGCGGAGGUGGAAGAGUAA